UUCUCGAAGGAACAGCCAAACGGUUUCUUGAAUUCGAGGUGAUAUCACAGUUCACAGACCCAACCCCGUCACAUGCUAAUGCUUAUGCUUAUGCUCGCGCUUUAUCUUUACUUCACAGUAUUCACAUUAACAAGUUUACAGAGCACAAGGAAACACUUCACAAUGCUGAUGUCGGGACUUUAGCUAUAGUUUUAUUACAAUGGAGUCAUGUUUUUGUUCCUUAAGCUCUUCUUUGUCACUUAAACCUCAGUUACUAACCAGCUUUAUCACUACCAUUAACGUUAGCUGGAGAAUCAAGAAGAUUAAGCCUCAUGUAUUACAAGUCUCUGCACAUUCUUACCAGAAAUUCAUUCAUUUUGCUGUUAGUGAAACCAAGCGCCACACUAGUUUGGUCCCAUCUCCUCUUCAGGAAAAAUAUAGUUCCAUGACUGCAGUGGAUUGUAGAACAGAGCUUAAAAUGCAAUCAUUUCAGUCUCCCAAAAUUAGACUCCUACGUACUUUGAACAUCGAAAAUGAAGCGAUGCAGGUUUUGGAUUUUACUGUUCUUCCCAGACCAGAAUUUGAUGUACCCAUAUUUUGUGCAAACUUCUUUACUGCUGCCAGCAUGAACAUCAUUGUGCUGGACCUCAAUCCCUUGCACAAUGUCAUUGACAGAAGUGAUUACAAGGAAAAGUACUAUAAAAGCUUAUUGACUGUAGGCCUCAAGUAUGUAGAGCUUUUUCCUUGGGGAGGAAAGCUUACAAGUGAGUCUUUACAAUUUUUCUCACCAAUUGUUUUAUGGACCAAGUUUACUUCAAGCCAGAGCAAACAUGAUGAUUUAUAUUCUGCAUUUGCUGACUAUUACAAGGUGUGGCUUCAGCUGAUUGAACAAGCUGUAGAAGAGACAGAUAUAUCUCAAAUUAUAUGCAACCGUGAAGCACAGCAUAAGUAUCUAACAUGGAGAGCAGAAAAGGAUCCAGGCCAUGGAGUUCUGAAAAAGCUGAUUGGUGAAAGUCUUGCGAAGGACUUGGUGAGGAACUUCCUAUUCAAUGGACUUGAUGAACUAGGAAGCAAAGGAUUCUUGGAUUAUUUCCCACAGUACCGCUGCAAGGAUGGGAAUAUAAACGAGAAGCGCAGUGUCAUUGGAAAAUCAUUUGAGAUGCGCCCAUGGGACACAAACGGAGAAUUCAUCGGUAACAAUAUCAAUAUUUAGCUCAGUAAUCUUAAGCAAUUGCUAAUGUUACACUUGUUCAUUUAUGAAGCUUGAAAAUUUUGUACGAUAAGUAUAACAUAUAUAUUGUACAUUCAAAACACUGUAUCUAGAAAUGUAUGUGUUGUAUUGUAAGUAGGUAAAAGGAACAGAUUCGAUUUGAUUAGCUCACGCAGUUUUAUCGAACUAUUUAUCUGAUGCUAGCAAUUUUUGACUCCAAUAUAGAGAAAUGUAUCAUUUUCAAAACA